AAUUCUCUCUUCUUCCUCAGCAUCUACCAUCUUCCCUGCCUGCUGCCUACCGCAAUUGCAUCUAUCUCCCCAAUCUUCUUCUCACUCUUAACUUCUUAGACUUCUACGCAAUGGCUGUCGACAAGAAAGCCUGUCUUAUAGUCAUCGACGGCUGGGGUGUCGCGCCCGAGAAAGGCACAAAGGGCAACGCUAUCGAGAACGCAGAUACCCCGACCAUGGACGGCUUCACCAAGAUCCCGGGCUACACCGAGCUCGAGGCCUCGUCGACCGCCGUCGGCUUGCCGGAGGGUCUCAUGGGUAACUCUGAGGUCGGCCAUCUCAACAUCGGCGCCGGCCGCGUUGUCUGGCAGGACGUCGUGCGCAUCGACAUGACGAUGAAGAAGCACGAGUUUGGCAAGACUGCCAACAUCGCGGCUGCGAUGGAGAAGGCCAAGGCUUCUGGCAGACUGCACCUUCUCGGUCUGCUCUCCGACGGUGGAGUCCACUCGCACCAGAACCAUCUGUUUGAGCUGCUCGCGGUCGCGAAGGAGUACGGCGUGCCCAAGGUAUACGUGCACGCGUUUGGCGACGGCCGCGACACUGAUCCCAAGGGAUUGGCGGGCUACAUGAAGACGCUGCUCGACAAGUUUGCCGAGCUGGGCGUGGGCGAGCUGGCGACUGUUGUCGGCCGCUACUAUGCCAUGGACCGCGACAAGCGCUGGGACCGCGUCGAGAUCGCGGUCAAGGCUUUGGUGUCGACCGAGGGCGGCAAGGCGGUCGAGCAGGACUCGAUCAUCGACGCCAUCAACGCCGGAUACGAGGACGGAGAGAACGACGAGUUCAUCAAGCCGCUUGUCGUGAACGGCGACGACGCGCGCAUCAAGGCCGGCGACACGCUCUUCUUCUUCAACUACCGCUCGGACCGAGUGCGCGAGAUCACCCAGUUGUUUGGCGUCGACUCGUCGCCGAUCGAUACCGAGAUCCCCAAGGACCUCUCGAUCACGACCAUGACGCAGUACAAGGCCGACUACCCGUUCCCGGUCGCUUUCCCCCCGCAGAAGAUGGACGACGUGCUGGCCGAGUGGCUCGGCAAGCAGAACGUCGCGCAGGUGCACGUCGCCGAGACCGAGAAGUACGCGCACGUCACCUUCUUCUUCAACGGCGGAGUCGAGAAGCAGUUUGCGCUCGAGCAGCGCGACAUGGUGCCGUCGCCCAGGGUCGCGACCUACGAUCUGCUACCGAAGAUGUCGCAGCACGAGGUGGCCGAGCAGGUCGCUAAGCGUCUUGGCGAACAGAAGUUCCCGUUUGUGAUGUGCAACCUCGCCGCGCCCGACAUGGUCGGCCACACGGGCGUGUACGACGCCGCAGUCGAGGCCGUUACCCACUGCGACGCGGCCAUCAAGGCGAUCUACGACGCCUGCGUGAAGGAGGACUAUGUCUUGUUUGUCACUGCCGACCACGGAAACGCGGAGGAGAUGAUCACGCCCGAGGGCCGUCCCAAGACUUCGCACACCACCAACAAGGUGCCGUUCGUGAUGGCGAACGCGCCCGAGACGUGGUCGCUCGAGGACGGCGGCGUGUUGGGCGACGUUGCGCCGACCGUGCUUGCUGUUAUGGGCAUUGAGCAGCCCGAGCACAUGACCGGCCGCUCGCUGCUGCAGCGCAAGUAAAGCCCGAGACGGGCA